AUGAAUUUCGAAGAUACCUAUCAUUCUGUGCAAGAGCGCUACGCAGGCGUUGCAAAACAGGCCGGCCCUGGUCAUCAAAGGGCCUAUGAACACAAGGUCGCAACCGCAUUUGGAUAUAAUGUAGAGGAUUUGCGCUCUAUUCCGGACAACGCGAAUCUAGGUGUCAGCUGCAGGAAUCCAUUAGCAACAGCAAAUAUUGGAACAGGCGAGACUGUGGUUGAUUUGGGUAGUGGCGGGGGAAUCGACGUUUUGUUAACUGCAAAGAAGGUUGGACUAGAAGGAAAGGCCAUUGGUAUUGAUAUGACGAAGGACAUGCUGGAAUUGGCACGUCGAAACGCGAAAAAUGCUGGCGCCUCCAAUGCAACUUUUAUUGAGGCUUGCAUUACUUCUAUCCCGAUGCCGUCAUCCACCGUUGAUUGCAUAAUCAGCAACUGUGUGGUAAAUUUGGUGCCGGAAGCCAAGAAACCGCUUGCUUUCCAGGAGAUGUUCCGCCUGCUGAAGCCGGGAGGUAGGGUUGCAAUCAGCGACAUUCUGGCAAAGCGAGAGCUUCCGAUGGAAAUUAAGACAGACCUUUCCUUGUAUGUUGAUUGCAUCGCUGGCGCCAGCCAGGUCAGCGAUUAUGAAAAGUAUUUGAAAGAAGUAGGUUUUCAAGAUACUUUGAUUCUGGACACCAACAGUGAUCUGAACCUUUACAAGGAAAUGUGGCAAAGCGAAAAGGCCAACGAAUUGGACCCUACUAGCUCAUGCUGCGAUAUGAAGAGAUCCGGAACGACCGAGAUGAAGAUGGCGGACGUGGAUUUCAAUCUCUGGACUGGCUCGCUCAAGAUCUUCGCCAUUAAGCCGGAUAUACACGGUUGA